AUCUCAGGGACGGAGGAGGGGCGCCAAGGCCCCAUGUGUGGGAGGACUGCUACAGCUCUACAAACUUGUACGGAUUUUGGUUACAACUUUGGCCAGUGGUUCUCCCCCGAUUUCCUCCGAAUUGUUGCAAAUUCGCCAUUGUUCCCUGGCUGCUUACAAAGUUGGAUCCGGAAUUUCUCUUCAGCCGAGAGCCAACAGUGUCGAAGUGUCUGCAAUGAACCCCGUGAAUGCUACUGCUCUCUACAUUUCCGCGAGCCGCCUAGUGCUCAACUACGACCCCGGAGACCCCAAGGCGUUUACAGAGAUUAACAGGCUCUUGCCUUACUUCCGACAGUCCCUCUCGUGCUGCGUUUGCGGACAUUUGCUACAAGAUCCUAUUGCACCCACCAACUCCACCUGCCAACACUAUGUCUGCAAAAGUUGUAAAGGCAAGAAAAUGAUGAUGAAACCUUCAUGUAGCUGGUGCAAAGACUAUGAGCAGUUUGAGGAAAACAAGCAGUUAAGCAUCCUAGUGAACUGCUACAAAAAACUAUGUGAAUAUAUAACACAGACUACAUUGGCACGGGAUAUAAUAGAAGCAGUCGACUGUUCUUCUGAUAUUUUGGCUUUGCUUAAUGAUGGAUCAUUGUUUUGUGAGGAGACGGAAAAACCCUCAGAUUCAUCCUUUACUUUGUGUUUGACACAUUCCCCUUUACCUUCGACCUCAGAACCCACAACUGAUCCUCAAGCUAGUUUAUCCCCAGUAUCUGAAAGCACCCUCAGCAUUGCUAUUGGCAGUUCUGUUAUCAAUGGUUUGCCUACUUAUAAUGGGCUUUCAAUAGAUAGAUUUGGUAUAAAUAUUCCUUCACCUGAACAUUCAAAUACAAUUGAUGUAUGUAACACUGUUGACAUAAAAACUGAGGAUCUGUCUGACAGUUUGCCACCUGUCUGUGACACGGUAGCCACUGACUUAUGCUCCACAGGCAUUGAUAUUUGCAGUUUCAGUGAAGAUAUAAAACCUGGUGACUCUCUGUUACUGAGUGUUGAGGAAGUACUCCGCAGCUUAGAAACUGUUUCGAACACAGAAGUCUGUUGCCCUAAUUUGCAGCCCAACUUGGAAGCCACUGUAUCCAAUGGACCUUUUCUGCAGCUUUCUUCCCAGUCUCUUAGCCAUAAUGUUUUCAUGUCCACCAGUCCUGCACUUCAUGGGUUAUCAUGUACAGCAGCAACUCCGAAGGUAGCAAAAUUGAAUAGAAAACGAUCCAGAUCAGAAAGCGACAGUGAGAAAGUUCAGCCACUUCCAAUUUCUACCAUUAUCCGAGGCCCAACAUUGGGGGCAUCUGCUCCUGUGACAGUGAAACGGGAGAGCAAAAUUUCUCUUCAGCCUAUAGCAACUGUUCCCAAUGGAGGCACAACACCCAAAAUCAGCAAAACUGUACUUUUAUCUGCUAAAAGCAUGAAAAAGAGUCAUGAACAUGGAUCCAAGAAAUCUCACUCUAAAACCAAGCCAGGUAUUCUUAAAAAAGACAAAACAGUAAAGGAAAAGAUUCCUAGUCAUCAUUUUAUGCCAGGAAGUCCUACCAAGACUGUGUAUAAAAAACCCCAGGAAAAGAAAGGGUGUAAAUGUGGGCGUGCUACUCAAAAUCCAAGUGUUCUUACAUGCCGCGGCCAACGCUGCCCUUGCUACUCUAACCGCAAAGCCUGCUUAGAUUGUAUAUGUCGUGGCUGCCAAAACUCCUAUAUGGCCAAUGGGGAGAAGAAGCUGGAGGCAUUUGCUGUGCCAGAAAAGGCCUUGGAGCAGACCAGGCUCACUUUGGGCAUUAACGUGACUAGCAUUGCUGUGCGCAAUGCUAGUACCAGCACCAGUGUAAUUAAUGUCACAGGGUCCCCAGUAACAACGUUUUUAGCUGCCAGUACACAUGAUGAUAAAAGUUUGGAUGAAGCUAUAGACAUGAGAUUCGACUGUUAAAUCAGUGGGUCUUUAAACCUACCUCUGGUAGGGAAAUAGCUACAGUUUUACGGCAGCUAUGGUUUUGUUGGUUUAACUUGCCGGAGCUCCUGCAUAUAGAUCACUUGUAUCAAGUGUUUUCAUUGCUAAGUUAUAUGUGUUAGUGUCGGGGAAAUAGUUUGCAGUUAAUGGAGGAGUAACCCUACAACUAUAUGUCCUUAGUUCUUACAGAACCUCAUAGUUUGAGAACAAAUGCUGAUGCAACUGAUUUAUACAAAAUGAACUUUGGCAAGGAAAAUAACAUUAACCUCACUGUUUAUGGUCAUGCUUUGUGCAUAAUCAACGUUUAUGAUUAAAUGUAAGGAAGUGGUAUCUAGUCAGUCCAUAAAGAUUGUGCUCAUAUUUUGUGAAAAAGUAGCCAUUAGUUUGUUCAGGAGACUCAGUGCUACCUUCAGAUGCCAUUGAUGUUUCUCCUGUUGAAAAGCUGAUGUGUCCAGCUCAACCUUUGUGCUGACAUAAUACCAUUUCUGAUCAUGAAAAUUGGCUACUGGUGUAUGUAGCAGUUCUUAAAUCAGCAGUAUUAUGAAAGAAAAUUUGCCCCUCAUUAGAAUGUUGAAGAAAUCUGUCUUUUAAAAGUGAACAAACUGAAAUUCUGUCAGACUGCAGAUGUUUAGCUGUUUAUGCCACAAAACUCUUCUGAGUUGAUCCCCAUUUUUAGUUAAGUCUGACUCAUUUCUAGGGAAAAAACCAAAUCCUUCCUUCACUUUGAGCAAUGUUCUAAUCAGAUAAAUGAAGUGGAGAAGAACAGUUCUAUUCUGAAGGUAAUUGAAUUUAGACUAUGGUAUGUGACAGAAUUUUUUAAAAAAAUAUUUAAAUGUUUUAUUUAGAAAUUGGGAUUUAUUUAAAAUAAUUUUGGAAUAAUGCUCCAAAAGUUACUCAGAUUUAUGCAUUAUACCUAUUGCCAUUGGCCACUUCAAAGUGAUUUUUGUUUCCUCUGUUUGCCACAGACUUUAUUUUGAAUAUGCUGUUUUUCUUUCUUUAUUUUCUUUCUUUUUUUUUUUUUAGGGUGCUAUUCGUUGUGGAGACUUCUUUAUAGAGGCCUAAUAAAAAUGCCUUUUUAUGAAGCCUGUGCAUUUAGGUGGGUUUGAAGCUAGGAGGAUAUUCUUUAGAAUACUCUUUUGCAUGUAAAGCACAAACUAUGUUUCAGUUUUAAUGCACUUCUUCCCUGUAAUUUUUAUGGGGGAGAUAAGUGAGUCACAACAUUCUGUUGAAGGGAAAUCUAGUCAGUUGCUUGAAAGAGCACAGCCCAGAUAAAACAAGGACUGACUAGGUUGUAAAGAAAUGACCUUAUGAUUUAAAAGAAGAGUUGCUGCUUUGACAGUGCUUAUUUAAAGAAAAAUACUGCUGGAAAAUUUUCAGUUUCUACUACGUUCACCAUCUCUCCUGAGAUCUGACAUAUGUUGAAGUUAUGUUUUGAUUUGGCACACAGCAUGUUCAAUGAUGGUUACUCACCUAGUACAAGACAUGGAGAAGAAACCUUUGGACACAGAGCAGAUGACACCUUCUGUUUUGUAGUGUAUCCUGGUGUCAUUUUCUGUGAAUGUGGUCAGGUAGAGUUGUUUUUGUUGUUGUUGUUGGGCUUUUUUUUUUUUUUUUUUUUUUUUUUGUCUCUUUUGGUGGGGUGGGGGUGGGCUAAAGCCAUAGGAAGAAAAAUGUGAUGUAUGUGUCCAGUAUGUACUAUUUUGUUUUUGUUUUGCGAGAAGAGUUGAACUAUUUUUGAUAACAAGAGUAAAUGGUGGAAAAUGCUUCUUAGUUGUCUUGUCUUUAUUUGCUUUCCAAGUUUCGGAAUUUUAUUUAAUUCCUCUAAGUGUUAGCAGUGUCUUAUGAAACAUGUAUUUGCCUAAAGUUUGUAACAAUUUUGUGUUGGACGCAGAUGCCCUGCUAUAUAAACUUGUAAAUCUGUUCUUUAUUCACUAAUGAUCACUGCAAAAAUGACUAGAAAUGAGAUUGUACACAUGGAUGAUUAGGAUAAAUUUUGCAAAUCUCCCAAACUUUCCUAAUAUUAUGAUUUUAAAAUUCCUUGAGUACUUUAUUGCUUCCCAAGUUUGAUAAUCUUAGUUUUGUGUUUUUUGAUGCAUGGGAGGUUGGCAAUAUAGACAAAUUGAAAAUCAUUAGUAUGUGAGGGCCUUGAUUGUUAUGUAAUAUUGCCAAUGAUGAAUUCAGGUUGUUUUUAGCACAAGUUUCUCUUUUUUAUGCUGGUACUCUCACUGCCACACUUUUGGAAACCUGUAUUACACCUUAAAUCUAUCAAUAAAUGUUAGUUUUCUAA